UUACUGARAAAAGCCGACUUAUUCCUUCAAAACAACAUUCCAAAACCGCCUGCUUAUAACAGAAUUGAACUUCCCAAUGCAAUAGAGUCUAGUUAUCUCGAAGUAUAAUUUUCUAUAAUUUGAGUUCGUAGACACAACAUUAGCGGUUCCUUGAUAGCCAUCUAUGUAUAUAUGUAAUUGUAUUUAGACAUACAUGGUUUUCAAGAUAUURUUGUACCACAAAAGGCUUGAAUGCUUUGCUCUUAACCAUCUGCCCAGGAAUGGUCAAAUGGUGUGUCCAAUUAAUGUAUACAUGUAGAUAUCCCAUGUAGAUAUCCCAAGUGACUKUCUAACAAGACUAAGGUAUGAUGACACUUCUGGAAGAGUCGCUUUGGUCUUCAGCUUACGGCAUUAUUGCUGUUUUCGUCAUCGUGGGCAACAGCUUGUCAAUCUACCUCUUUGUUGGUAACCUACGCCUCAGACGCAUGCGCACAACAAUUUUGUUAUUAAAUCUCUCUAUUGCGGAUUUGAUAGUUGGUUCAGURACCCUCCCAAUGUAUAUGGCACUAACAUGGCCUGGAACAAACUACGCUCUUCAACAGAAUCCAGGGUUUUAUAUGUCCUUCAUUUGCAUUGAUGUACUAACUGGUUUUGGGAGUGUUUUUGGGUUGACUGUGAUUGCGCUSGAGAGAGUCUACUCCGUGUUUCUUCCUCAUCACCAUAGAAGAGCCAAAAGAAAAAUGUACUUGGCAAUGAUCGUGUUAAUAUGGGGCCUGACCGUGAUACAGACUCUAUUAAGGGUUCUCUUUGAUUUAGAAGUCAUUUCGUUGGAAGGAUUCUUUAGUUGUGUCAUGAUUUCUCUCACCGUGUCGCUCAUAAUAAUCUGCGUCGCCUAUAUCGCUGUGUGGAUUAAAGUCAACAUCAAACAACCACGUCAAGUGAAUCGAGCAACACUCAAUGACCACAAGACCGAGAACAAACUUGCUGUGACUUUGGCAAUCAUCACUGUUAUUUUUAUCUUUACAUGGAUUCCUUUUCAUAUUCUGAAUAUCACCAUGUUCUUCUGCGUCGAAUGCCGAUCGCUUCCCAUCAAAUACGUCAACUUCUUCAAGUUACUUCACUACAGCAAUAGUUUGAUUAACCCUCUAGUCUAUUCCUCAAGGUUUCCUGAAUUCAAGCGAACUCUCAAAACUAUGUUCUGCUGUCAAUCAUCGGCAGUUCAACCAAUGGUGUCCAACAACAUGGAACAGAGUCAGAGCCACUUGUCUGUGACACCUUAUCUUCGCCAAGGGCGUGUAUCGAUUAUAAGCAUGUGAAGAAUGAACUCGUACAUUGCUAUUAAAGUAGAGGAAAAGAAAGGGGGAAAUUUAGCUUUCCUUUCAACCAUUUUCCAUUCUUGAUUCUCUUGUUUCCAAUCCAAGAUUAARAAUUCAUAAGGUACGCUAAAGGCAACAGGGAGCUCACUUUGGAUAAAAAAGAUUUAAAAAAAAUGUUUUAUAGGCCAUUUGCAGGACAUAACCAUGUGACUGUUGCUGGGUGGGCAAAAAAAUUUGGACUUUCUUUAUCUAAAUAACUUCUGCUGGAUUGAUAAUGUCAUAUCCAAAACCUUUUUWAAAAAAUACUUUCUCUUAUAAGAUAUUUGUUCGCGAUCCRGCAGAGAGCGCCUUCCCCAAGGGACCUUUGGCUGAGUUGAAUGGUUAUCAAAUCAAUUUAUCAGCACGUGACUGUUUGAUGCGCGAUGAGCCUAUUUGGAGGCCAAAAUGAUGUAGUMAAUUAACUCAAGUAAACGCGGGAAAACCAAGCUAAAAAUAGCACAAGGAGAUCAUAAGUCCAUGCAUAACUUGCUAACAUACCAUGAGCCUUUGCGGUGGUUACUUUAUCUUUUAUUUCGUGCAGCAUAUACAGUUUUGAAUAUGUCGUAAAUGUUUUGCAAGAUUAAACUGUUAUUGUUCUGGAUUUUUCUAGAUGUUCUCUAUAAACCUAUCAAAUCCAUGGAUUACAAGUAUUAAAACACUAACAAAUACCUAGUCUGGCUAAAAUAAACUUCAGUUAGUUUUAGAAGAAAAAGACCUAAGUCAUCUUGGUGUGCAAUGUUUAC